AUGCUGCUCCUCCACCAGGUCGGCGCCGUCAAGAUAGGCGAGGUCGUCCGCUACACCGUCACCUACACCCCGUCGCAGGACCGCAUCCUGCCCUCGCCCGAGAAGCUCUUCGUCCGCAUCCGCAACACCUCGGCCAUUGCCCUGCGCGCCGCCUUCGUGCACGGCCCCUAUACCCUCUCCGUCUCCGCCUACCCCUCGGAAUUCUCCCCCAACGAGCGCUUCCCCAAUCCCCGCCGCUAUGGCGUCCCCCAAUACGAGCCCAUGCUCAAGGCCGGCGGCUCGUGGGAGUGCGAGCUCGUCGUCCCCGACGAUAUCCGCCAGGCCGCCGGCACCGGCCGCCAUGGCCACUUUGGCAAGGCGCCCGAGCACGACGCCGAGAGCGCCAGCUGGGUCAUUGAGGUCUCCUCCCAGGUCAUCUUCUCAACGAGUGUCGCUGUGGGGUACGAGCUCGUCGUGGCCCGCGACCGCAAGUCCCUCAGCUUGAGCGGCUCGCUGCCCGUCGUCGGCAGCCAGAGCCAGGUCCCCACGCCCGGCAGGGUGACCGACUUGCAGCAGAGCGUCGGGGCCAAGGAUGGCCACCAUCCCGCGCAGCCGAGGGGCGUCUUCUCGCGCGCUGUCCGCGUCACGGUCGAGGACACGGCGGCCCUGUGGAACACGCCGCGGCUGCCGGGCUGGGACGAUGCCGGCAAGAACAGGCUGCAGGAGCGCGCCGGUGCCGACAAGCCCGUCGAGAGCGUUGUCAAGACGGGCGAUCCCGAGACCAAGGAAGACGCCAUGCCUACCAAGCAGAAGAGCGUCCACCUCGUCAUCCUGACUCAUGGGCUGCAUAGCAACCUGGGCGCCGACAUGCUGUUUCUGAAGGAGAGCAUCGACGCUUCCGCGAAGCAGGCAAGGAUAGAUGCAAAGGCUAGGAGAAGAAGGGAACGGGAACGUGCUGCCGCUCGAAGGCAGCAAUCUCCCCGCCCUGAAUCCACAGAAGAGGAUGCUUCCAAGGCUGACCAAGUGCCGCCGAAAUCCAGUGAGCCAACGGAUGACAGCGGCGAUGAAGACGAGGAUCAUGAACAAGUGAUUGUGCGCGGAUACUCGGGAAAUGCCACCAAAACGGAGCGAGGCAUCAAAUAUCUGGGCAAGCGGCUGGCUAGGUAUGUCCUCUCCAUGACGUUCCCGGAUCAGCCGUACCUCCCGCUUGGGAAGGGAGCCGGCGAGGGCUUCGCAGAAGGCCUCAAAGGGGACCACCACCACAAGUACCAAGAGCACGAAGUCAAGCAGGCGCACAAACACAGCACCAUACAGGCAGACAUGGACAAGGCCCGGCGCGAGAAACACCAGCGCCCGUAUAAAAUCACCAGCAUCAGCUUCGUGGCGCAUUCUUUGGGUGGCCUGGUCCAGACUUAUGCGGUCGCGUACAUCCAAAAGCACUCACCGCAAUUCUUCGAGCAUAUCAAGCCCAUCAACUUCAUCACCCUAGCGUCGCCGUUUCUCGGACUGAGCAACGAGAACCCACUCUAUGUCAAGUUUGCGCUCGACUUUGGCCUCGUCGGCCGCACUGGCCAGGAUCUGGGACUGACGUGGCGGGCGCCAACAUUGGCCAGGAGCGGCUGGGGCGCCAUCGUGAGCAACCUGGGCGAGUCGGCACACAAAAAAGUGUAUGGAGAGACGCAACCAGAGUCGAAGCCACUGCUGAGGAUCCUACCAACGGGCCCGGCUCACACGGCGCUCAAGAAGUUCCGGAACCGUACGGUCUACUCGAAUGUCGUCAACGAUGGCAUCGUCCCACUUCGAACCAGCUGUCUUUUGUUCCUGGACUGGCAAGGGCUCGGCCGUGUCGAAAAGGCGCGACGUGACGCUGGACUGGUCGAGACGAUGGUGGGCUUUGGCUGGGCGGAGCUGACGGGCACCAACAUGGCGAGCCUUCGUCCUAAGCAACUGCCCAACAACGGCGAGCAGACCGAUUCGGGGACCACAACGCCGCGCGACAAUAUGCGCCAGGUUCCUCAGCCGUCGAGCGAUGCAAUGAUAGAGGACGAUAGAGCGAGUCUCCGAUCGAUACCAACCCCAUACACCGAAGACGAUGUUCCUUCGCCGGGCACGGUAGAGCCCUCCACCGGCGGGCCUCUGUCUGGCUUCUUUAACCUGUUCAAGAGCAAUGACCCACCAAAAGAACAGCCUAUUUCCCAAAAACAAAAGAUGAUACUGCGGCGCGGGCAGACGAUGCCCCUGGACCAGGCUCCCGUAUCGCCUGAUCUGUCGGACACGUCUAGUCAGAGCCGUCAAGCAACCAAGUCCGGCAAGGCAACGUCGGGCCAUGAACUCGAAGAAGGGGCACAAGGGGUGGCGGUGCCGCCGAAGACGACGUUUUUCGAAUCCGCCGGAGACUUGUUGAACCCCAGUGUCCCGAGCGUCGAGUAUGUCAUUGACCCCUCGAAACGACCCCGGACCAUAUUCCACGACCGUGUCUACCACCCAGUCGAUAUACCACCCCCGCCGAUGAAGAAACGCCCGGCGACACUGCGCCGCAAGACUUUCAAUCGCACGGGCUCCAUAUCGCAGCAAUCCACUACUAGCGGCUCCUCUUCUCCGUACCCGUCCGUCAACCACGAGGACUCGCUCAACUCGACCAAGGACUACGAUGACACGGCGCAUACGAACCCCGAUAAGCACCCCGACGAGGUAGUGGACGGCUCGAACAUGCGCGUCGAGGAGAAGAUCGCCAGGGGCUACCACCGCGACCUGUCGUGGCGCAAGGUGCUGGUCAAGCUCGAGCCGGACGCGCACAACAACAUCUUUGUUCGUCGCAUGUUCCCCAACGCCUACGGCUGGCCCGUCAUCAAGCACCUCGUGGAUGCGCACUUUAGCGACUCGGCGACGGCGCGCAUGCGCACCGAGGACGAGCACCUCGGCGAGCGCGCCCUCGACAUGAACCAGCCGCCCGACGAGCACGGCGCCGAGACCAAGGCCGCGGCCGCGUCCUCGAGCACCCUCAACGUCGCCAAGCCCACCACCGGCCGCAACGAGAGCGAGGCGAGGGAGGCUCUGGACGAGGUCCCGGACCUGCCCAAGUCGCAAGGCAGCGAGCUCUCGUCGACGUCCGCAUCUGCAUCAGCAUCAGCUUCAGCGUCGGCCGCGGCGUCGGCAUCCGCGCCCCUCAGCGUGCCUCGCACCCACCCCCACCCCACAGACCGCGCCGACUCCGUGACGUGGAGCGAGCGCGACUGGAUAGACAGCGACAACGAAAGCGACGCCGACCUCCCCGACGGGGACAAGAACAGCAAGGCCAAGGACGACAAGAAGCAGCAGCAGCACAAGGCACAGCCUCCGCAGUCGCAGCCACAGUCACAAGCGCACUCGCCGCAGGGGCAAAAGGCGGACCGCAAGGACGGCCAGCAGCAGCAGCAGCAGCAGGGAGCGCUGAGCCCCUCGUCGUGGAACUGGGCCGAGAAGAUUGUCGGCAGGGGGGCCAGGGGCCGCAGCAAGAGCCCCAGCGGGGAUGCCAACAACAAGAAGAAGACGAAUUGA